GUGUGUGGUUGGGAAGAGCAGAAAGCAAAGCAGUAGCAUACCAUGCAGAGGUGUUUUAGUUUUAGCAAACACGGUCCAAUCAAAUCAUGGGUCUACCAAUACUACCAAAUAUACAUAUAAUAGUAUAACCAUUCUUCUCCUUUCUUCUCUACAAACCUAAACCCAAAUCUCCCUCCCAAAGCCCCAUAAAAAUGCAAUCAUUUCUCGCGUGCCUCGCUUUUUCUACGUCACUACUAUUAUUUCUACUACUACCUUUCUCUCAUGCCGGUUUAGUCUCCGAACCGGUGAGCGACCCCAACCAGCCCCUGGAACCGGGCGAGCACCCCUCCUCCAACACGGUACCCGCAUUCCCGGUCCAGACCCAAGCCCAGACCUGCCGGCUCGACCUCUCCAACGAGCUCUUCGGCGGCGUGAAGGACGCCUGCGGCAAGGACCUCGACCGCAGCCGCUGCUGCCCCGUCCUCGCGGCCUGGCUCUUCGCCGCCCACGCCCGCUCCGCCCUGGAGGUCUCCGCGGCGCCACCGCCCUCCUCCGCGGACCUCCCCAUGAUGCCGGACGACUCCCAGAAGUGCGUGAACUCCCUCCAAGACUCCCUCCUCGCUCGCAACAUCCGAAUCCCCCAACCCAACGCCACCUGCGACGCCAUCCUCUGCUUCUGCGGCAUCAGACUCCACCAAAUCACCUCCUUAACCUGCAACGCAGCGUUUAACGUCUCUCUCUCCCACAAAAACGCCACCCCCACCGCCGCCGUCCGCAGCCUCGAGAACAAUUGCCGCAACUCAUCCUACGCCGGUUGCACCAAAUGCCUUGGCGCCCUGCAAAAGGUGAAGGGGUACAAGAAUGAGAGAAAGGGUUACGGAGGGAGUGAUAGGGUGAAGAAGAUGUUCAACCGGGACUGUCAACUAAUGGGUUUAACGUGGUUGCUAGCGAAGAACAAAACGACGUACAUACCGACCGUUUCAGCGGUGUUGCGUGCGAUCAUGUACAGCGCGCAUCCACACGAGUCCAAGUGUAGUCCCGACCAGGAGAACAUGCCGCUGGCCGUUGAUUCGCUUCAGUUGGAGAGUGGGAACGCGCCAUUGCGAGCGUUGACGCUUUUGCCCCUGGCGUUGGCGAUUCUACUUGUUUCAUCUUUUGUUUAGAAGGGGAAGGGUCCACUUGGGUUGAAAUUGAACUGUUAGGUUAGAGUCCUCUUCUCUCUCUCGCUGUCACGUGAAGCUGAGCUACUCGACAAAACAUGCAAACGACGCGAGAGUUUUCGGCUUUUUAGCCCUCGCUGUAAAUUUCUGAGCCCAUUCACAUCUAUGUCUCUCUCUCUCUACAUGCCGCUAGUGCAUACAAAGAAGAGCUUCUUUAUUAUUUUUUUUU